AUGGCGUUGACAGCAACAUUCAGCCUGCGACGGUUUUGUUCCUACAAUGCCCUCGAUUACACCUCCCGCCUCGAGUCUCUCCGCCGCGUCCAAGGCGCUAAUAAGCGACCCUUGACGCUCUCCGAAAAACUCCUCUACAGUCACUUAAUCCACGACAACGAGGACUGGAUCCUCGACCAAAUAGAGCGAGGAAAGACAAUUCUCCGCCUACGACCCGAUCGCGUCGCUUGCCACGAUGCGACAGCGACAAUGGCCCUGCUACAAUUUAUUAGCGCUGGUCUGCCCAGAGUUCAAGUGCCAACGUCAGUGCAUAGCGAUCAUCUCAUUGUCGCAGAAUACGGAUCCGAAAAAGACCUUGACCGCGCUGCGAGUGAUCAUCGCGAAGUUUACGCCUUUCUAAGCAGUGCGGCGAAGAAAUAUGGUAUUGGGUAUUGGAAACCUGGUGCGGGUAUUAUACACACUACUAUCUUUGAGAACUACGCUUUUCCGGGUGGUUUGUUCAUUGGUACAGACUCACAUACCCCCAACGCUGGCGGAAUGGGUGUUCUGGGUAUCGGAGUUGGCGGUUCUGAUGCUGUAGACGCUAUGGCUGGAAUGCCAUGGGAACUUGUCUGCCCCAAGGUCUUGGGUGUUCGUCUAACAGGAAAAUUGUCGGGAUGGGCUUCGUCCAAGGACAUCAUCUGCAAACUUGCAGGAAUAUUGACCGUGUCCGGCGGAAAGGGCAAGGUCAUCGAGUUCUUUGGUCCAGGCGCUGAGACAUUGGGAGCCACGGCCAUGGCUACUGUUUGUAACAUGUCAGCUGAGGUCGGAUCAACCUCGUGUAUCUUCCCCUACUCACAAGCCAUGGCACGGUAUCUCACAGCUACUAAGCGAGGAGACAUCGCUCGCUACGCUGACGGUUUCACUGAGACAUUGCUUACCGCCGACCGUGGCAGUGAGGACUACUAUGACGAGGUCAUUGAGAUUGACCUCUCAACGCUUGAACCUCACAUCAACGGCCCCUUCACUCCAGACCUCUCGCAUCCCUUGUCCCAGUUCAAGAUACGAGUUCAAGAGAGCUCCUGGCCCUCCAAGAUCAGUCAUAGUAUGGUUGGCAGCUGCACGAAUAGCUCCUAUGAGGAUCUCGAGAAGGUCUACGACUUGGUCCAGCAGGCCAAAAAGGCAGGCAUCGAUCGGCCCAGGACACCCUUCAUGGUCAGCCCCGGUAGUGAACAGAUUCGUGCAACUGCAGAGGAGAGCGGCAUCUUGCCAAGUCUGAGAGAGGCUGGAGCUGUCGUUCUCAGCAAUUCUUGCGGACCCUGCGUUGGGCAAUGGGACAGGAAGGAUGUUGAUGUUGCUGGAGCUGAGAACAACUCAGUCAUUUCUAGCUUCAAUCGCAACUUCACUGGUCGCCAUGAUGGAAACCCCGCUACGCAUUCUUUCGUCACAUCGCCCGAGAUCGCGACCGCUUUUGCUUACGCUGGUGAUCUAUCCUUCAAUCCCAUGCACGACGCCAUUCCCAUUGACGAGUUCGGUGCCUCUCAAUUCCGAUUUACCCCUCCCGUCGCCAACGAACUUCCAGAAAGCUUUGUCGCUGGCAGUGAUCUCUUCCAGCCACCUGUACUAGAAGAUACGUCUGAUUACAAAGUUGCCAUUGAUGAAGGCAGCGGUCGCCUAGAGCUUCUAACGCCCUUCGAGCCGUGGAAGCCAGGCCAGGCAGAAAACAUGGAAGUCCUCAUCAAAGUCUCUGGAAAGUGUACCACAGAUCAUAUAUCCCCUGCAGGACCAUGGUACAACUAUCGCGGCCAUCUGUCUAACAUCAGUCAUAACAUGCUCCUCGGCGCAACGAACGGAUUCCUCCCCGAUGCUAGUUCACUAUCUAUGACUGGCAAGACACGAGAUCCUACAGACGGCACCAUCAAAUUAGUCCACAAAGCAGCACGAACAAUGAAGAACGCAGGUAUCAGAUGGUGCAUCAUUGGUGAUAGCAACUACGGCGAAGGCAGUUCCCGGGAACAUGCUGCACUAGAGCCUAGGUUCUUGGGUGGCGUCGCAGUCAUCGCAAAGAGCUUUGCCCGCAUUCAUGAGACGAAUUUGAAGAAGCAGGGAAUGUUUCCGUUGACGUUUGCGGACCCACUGGACUAUGAUAAGAUACAGGAGGGUGAUGUUAUAAGCUUACUAGAAGUUGAUGGGGAUACGCUUCAGCCGGAGAAGCAGGUUACGAUGAAGGUGGUGAAUAAGGAUGGGACUGAAUGGACGGCGCAGUUAAAUCACUCGUACCAUGCUCACCAGCUUGCGUGGCUACGGGCUGGAAGCGCGCUGAAUCAUGUCAAGAAGACGAUCUUAGGUAGCGCAGCGUGA